CAGCCCCCUCCCCCACCCCUCUUUUCCCCCCUCCCUGGGCCCGAGAUAUGGCAAUGGUAGUUAGCAGCUGGCGAGAUGCGCAGGAGGACGUGGCCGGGGGCGGCCCUGCCGGAGCAGCUCAGCCGGGCCGGGACCCGCAGCAAGGAGCCUCGGCGGCCCCCCACACGCCGCAGACGCCGAGCCAGCCGGGCGCCCCGUCCACGCCGGGAGACAAGGGCCAGCAGCAGCAGCAGCAGCAGGGCGGCGGGCAGAGCGGCCAGCAGCAGCAGCACAUCGAGUGCGUGGUGUGCGGCGACAAAUCCAGUGGGAAGCACUACGGGCAGUUCACCUGCGAGGGCUGCAAAAGUUUCUUCAAGCGGAGCGUCCGCCGGAACUUAACGUAUACUUGCCGGGCCAACCGGAACUGUCCCAUAGACCAGCACCACCGCAACCAGUGCCAGUACUGUCGCCUCAAGAAGUGCCUCAAAGUGGGCAUGAGGCGGGAAGCGGUUCAGCGAGGAAGGAUGCCUCCGAGCCAACCGAACCCGGGCCAGUACGCGCUGACCAACGGCGACCCGCUGAACGGGCACUGCUACCUGUCGGGCUACAUCUCGCUGCUGCUGCGGGCCGAGCCCUACCCGACGUCGCGCUACGGCAGCCAGUGCAUGCAGCCCAACAACAUCAUGGGCAUCGAGAACAUCUGCGAGUUGGCAGCGCGGCUGCUCUUCAGCGCCGUCGAGUGGGCCCGCAACAUCCCCUUUUUCCCGGACCUGCAGAUCACCGACCAGGUGGCCCUGCUGCGCCUCACCUGGAGCGAGCUCUUCGUCCUCAACGCCGCCCAGUGCUCCAUGCCCCUGCACGUGGCCCCGCUCCUGGCUGCCGCCGGCCUCCACGCCUCGCCCAUGUCCGCCGACCGCGUGGUGGCCUUCAUGGACCACAUCCGCAUCUUCCAGGAGCAGGUGGAGAAGCUCAAGGCCCUGCACGUCGACUCGGCCGAGUACAGCUGCCUCAAAGCCAUCGUCCUCUUCACAUCAGAUGCCUGUGGCCUGUCGGACGCGGCGCACAUCGAGAGCCUGCAGGAGAAGUCGCAGUGCGCCCUGGAGGAGUACGUGCGGAGUCAGUACCCCAACCAGCCCAGCCGCUUCGGCAAGUUGCUCCUCCGGCUGCCUUCGCUGCGCACCGUCUCGUCGUCGGUCAUCGAGCAGCUCUUCUUCGUCCGCUUGGUAGGUAAAACCCCCAUCGAGACGCUCAUUCGAGACAUGCUGCUCUCCGGCAGCAGUUUCAUGCCUUACAUGUCCAUCCAGUUUCCUAGAGCUCCUCGCGGCCUCCCCGCUCCGAGAGAGAGAGAGAGAGAGAGAGACCCCCGAAGAACUGUCGCGCCGGAGGGGGGCCGGCCCGCCGCCUCGGGGGUGGGGGUCCCGAGGCAAACACUGACAGUCCCGAGAGCUCGGCGCGUAGAGCCGCGCAGCCGGGCAGCUGGAGAAAGCAAGGAAUUCAAUAAAUACACAAAAACUAAAAGGACACGCCGUGGGAACAUUGGAAAGCAGCCCAGCUCGGCUGACAAGCGAAGGCCGGGCUGGAAGAGCCCAGGGGGCAGGCUAGCAAGGGAGCUCGAUCUCCCCGGGCCGGCAGCAAGGCCCUCGGUCAAGCAGAAAGCCCGGGACCAUCCGGCUCAAAACUUCAGCUCCCAUGGAUACCCUUCUCAACCGAUUCACAGCCGUUUAACCAAAAGCCCCGCGAGGACUCCGCUGGACUGGAUGGCAUCCAAGGGCCUUCGGUGCAAGCACUGUAGUAGUUCCCCCGGGCUGCAGAUCAGCCUUCAGGAGUUCUUCUGCGAGCGAGACCAGAAGCGCGCAGGCGCGCGGCUGUGUGUUGAUUUUGUGGCUCAGGGAUCGCGGAGCCGGGCCUUCGGGCCACGGCGCGCCCGCCUCUCGGACCGCUCCCCCAGAGCUCGCCACCAACGCCCGGCCACCGAAGGCGCAGGAGAGGAGGGCGCCGGCUGCAAUGGAGCCCGAGGCAGGCGGGGCCACCAGAAAGCGGAGCCCGAGCGAGUGGCCGCCGUGAUCGCGAUGAGGGAACGGAGCGGCCUCUUGCUGGGAUCUCCCCCAGUAAGGGCGCCCUUGUAG